UAAAAGACCCUCCUACUCGAUGCAUACAACUAGGAAACCUCGUCACCGAACGAGGAACCAUGAAAUGGAAGAGAAUAGAAUUCAAAGAUUACUGGCUUCCGAAUACACCGACUUUUCUGAUACCAUCAUCGUGGAGUCUUCCUUCGCUGAGACCAACAGAUAUGGACGAGGAAUUCGUCAAGUUUCUCUUGCUCUCACGCCGACCAAGUUGAUCAUAGCUGGAGACGUUUUCAGAGGGAAUUCAGAGUUCUUUUGUCCUCGUGAUCUUGACCCCAGCAUCGAAAGUUUUGAGCUGAUCUCGGUGUAUCCUUUGCAAUAUGUCACCAUCAGUGUGUUCAGCAGGAGACGUCGCAAAACAUUAAAGGCAAGAUUCAUCGAUGGAAGGACAAACUAUUAUGAACUCUCUGGUAUACAAAGAAGAAAGUCUCUCUGGAAAAGGUGGUGCGAAGAGGUAGACAGAUUACUCGCGAAGAAAAUUGAUGGAAGUUCCUUGUCAGAAACGACAGCUGCAAGUUCUUCGAGUAGUUCAACUCUGUAUAUCCUGUCUUCGGAGAUUGAGAUUCAAAGAAACACUGAAAAAGAAGGGAAAAAGACAGUGUACAGAGUAUGGGCUCAUUACGGGGGUGCCGGUGAUUACGUGCCUCCAACUUGGACCCAGAAGGACCUGUACCUGGGUCCUUCUUACGACGAGUUAGCCAAUGGUCAGUACACUCCAAUUCCAGUGCGAUUCGCCGGAGCAAGUCUGGAAGAUAUCAAGAAUGAGCUAAGAGAUCUAUCACCGAACAGAGCGGAUAAAUUUAGCAGAAGUUGGCCUACGUGUCAGUGUUCGAAAGACAAGCGUCAAAAUGGUGGACUCUGCGACGUGCUCUUCAUCAGGGACCAUAAUCGUAAAUACUACAAUGCCAAGAAAUUCUCUGUCGCUUGUCAGAGUUGCCCUUGCAAUCGUUUUCAAAACAGAGCCUUCGACGACGAGAAACGAACCGUCUGGUACGACGAACAAACAUUAUACGAAACGACAAUGAAACAUGAAGAGUCAAAGAGUCCUAAGAAAUCUUUGGCGCAAAGGAUAUCGCGAUUCGGAUUUGGUGUACCAGAAAAAUGUCACUCAGGACUGGUACUUGGUCCUACACGAAGGGACAGAGUACGCUACGAAGCUUCGAAGUCGAUUGAAAAGAACAUGCUGAGUCUUUACGUUCUCAUGGAGAGCGGCGUGAAGGUCUGGGAAGGUGAAGAGAAAGGUCGUUCCAAGUCCUCGAAACGCUUCAGACACUUCAGAAGAUACGGUCUUUGCACCGCGCCUCAUUUUCUUUACGCUCUUGGCCCCUGGUCCGUUCAACCUGGAGAACGGACUCUUCAGGGUCGUAGAUCGUUCAGUCUGGUCACCGUUCGCCGACAGCCCAUUGAUACGGAACUGAGGCUUCCUGUAUCUCGACGACAACUGGCAACCAGUAUCUCUCAUACUGCUCUGCAGUUGGGUAGGUUCGGGUCCAUUGGUACCACUGCUAGAGGACGUGUGAUUCUAUUCUGGACACCGGAUUACUGGUACAGACCCAGACCUGCUGCAGCUGCCUACAGGGAGCUGAGGCAACACUUGAACCAUCUGAGAAAUUUUCGGCAGGAAAAGGAGCGUCCAAUGAAACGGAAGCUGUUUUGUAGAAGGAAGAAGUGUCAGUGUCAGGAAGAGUCGAUCGUUGUUGAAGAGAAACCUAGUAUUCUAGGACGAAUCUUUUCUGCAAAUGGAUCUGGCAAAAAGAAGAAGACAUCUGAAGUACGAGAGAACAAUGCAACUACUCAAUUGAGAAGAUUGUUGAGAAUGGAUUUCAGAAUUACAAUCUGGGAUAUAGAUAGUACUAUACUGGCCAGGCAGUUGGCAUUGAUCGAUCGUGAUCUUUUCGUUCGAAUUCCCUCGGAGGAGAUCGAAAUCUUGGUCUUCCAAAGGAAUUCUAGAAAUGCUCCGAAUUUAGCUGCCUGGAUAGCCUUCGGUCAUCGAGUUUCUUGUUUGACCGCCAGCGAGAUUCUGGCGAUGAAGAAGUUAGCAAUGAGAAGUAGAAUCAUAGCGAGAUUCAUCAACGCAGCUAAUAAAUGUUUCGCCAUGGGAAAUUUUCAUUCGUGUAGGUCAAUUUUAGCUGGAUUGCAGGCGCCUCCUGUUUAUAGGCUACGAGGCAGCUGGUCCUACUUGCGAACCCAUCACGCCAAUAGGUACGAAAUCAUGGAAAGGCUUUGCAAGAUCUACAGAAAUCCCUGUAGCUCCUCGUACCGUCGAGCAUGGUGCAAAGCAGAAAGAAACCCACCUUCUAUGCCCCACGUUAGUGAUCUUCUAAUGAGACUUCUUGCUCUAAAUAAUCCGCUAUCCCAGCGGCAAUCUGAUGAUCCUUACGUUGCGAAAAAUAAAGACAUUCGUUUCAAACCUGCUCACUUCAGUCGCACAGGAUCGACGAAUGGGAGCAAAGAUGCAUCGUCUCUGAAAAGUAAUCAGGAUUCAGAUCAGAAACAGGGAUUGAGUAAGCGUAUUCUGGAGUCGGUAUUAAGUAAAAUAAAAGGGGAUCAGAAAACGAUUUACGAGGAGAAAACGGAUUUAUUAUGGACGUCGAGGGAACAGGACUUAGCAUGGAAAUACUUUUACCAAUGGAAUAAUAUCGUUCUCCAACGUAGAGCACGCGUCGAGGAGCAGGAGAGAUUAAAGAACAUGGAUCCAAGGAUGAAACGGAUUCUCGAUGUUGUAUCCUGGCUGAUCGAUUGUCAGAAACGUGCUGCGGGGUAUGAUUUCCCAGGACACUCGUUCACUCGUGAAUUUCUAUUGAAAACUCGAUACAGGGAGGACCGAGAGAAUUUCUUUAUUAGUCUGAAACUGGAACCGCCAAUGAUAACUUGAAUAAAAAUAUAAAAAAAGAUAGUAUAUCACA